CUCUCUCUUCGUUAUAUAAACCAUCAAAUCUUUUUCUCUCCUCGUUCGCAUCAAUGGCGGUUUCGCUUCUCUUCUUCUCUGCUUUCCAUGCUUCGUCUCUCAGUUUGUUGAACUAGCGGAUGGUGGUACAUGGAUAUCGGAGAUAAUAUCGCGCCUAUUCCUGGACUAAUGAACAAAACUUUUGAAGGAAAUCUUGUAAAUCCAGUAACUGCAGUGAAGCAACUGAGCUAUAAGUUCAUUCAGGCUAUAGGAGAUGGAUCUGUUAUCCCUGUGUACGAAGAAGAUGUUAUGAAGUCAAAGUCGAAAAAUUUAUCUGCUGAUGUACAAACAGACCGAACUUUUGUUGAUGAUGCUAUGUUCUUUCACAUGGAUGAAGCUGAUUAUUACUUUGCCAUUGGUGAUGUUCCAUGCGCCAUUGAUAACAAUGUUGUCAAUGUAGAUUACAAUGAUUUGGAAACAGCUAAUGCUCAUGGAGGAAAUCAAGUGCAAGAAUAUGUAAAUAGAACGUUUGGCGGAGCUGCUGAUGAAGGAACUACUCUUCUUUUAACAUGUGAUAAUCAGGAUAAUCUUCCAGUUGUUUCAGCUUCUGCUAGAAAUUUGCGACCGAAUAGUCCUUUACAUUAUGAAUCACAAAGAGAGGACUUGAGUUUGAAAUGUGAGGCCCAAGGUUUAGGAAAUAGUUUAAAUACUGUCAAAGUAUCAGAUUCUGUGAUUCUGGAAUCUGCAUCUGAUCACAAACCAAUGUUCCGAAAUGAUAUGAGUGGCCGAGAACUUCAUGAUGCCUUUAAAAGUUCGUUUGGACAGGAUACGUGUGUAAACGAUAAGGAAUGGCUCAGACAUCGUAUUUUGUGUGGUUUGCAGAAUUUUACUGACAAAGAUAGUUUUCCUGGCCAUUUUGAAACUGAAUUGCCGCAGGAAAGUGAAGAUAGCAUGAUAUUGAUACCUGGAAACGAUUUGGCGAGGAGUGUGUGUUGUUCUUUAAUAAACACACAUGAUACGGAAAAAUUGGUAGUUGGCAGAAGUGUUCAUCCGGAGGGACAGUUAACCAGAGAUGCUGUGGUGGCUGCUUUUUGUGAAGUCGAUAGAGCUGGGUCCGGGCCUGUGACAAAGAGCACUGCUGUUUGUGGUAAGAGAUCUCGGCAUCAAAGAUAUAUUGAAGAAACAUUAGAAACAGAUGAUCAAUGCAGGUGGAGAGGUUCGGAAAUGCUAUCGAUAAUUAAUCAAGUGGUUCCUCGUGGUCGACGGGUACAGAGAGUUUGCCCAAAUAAAAACAUCAAUUUCAUUAUGAAUGACUUUGGAGGAGGAAAUAAAGCGCGAGUGCUGCCAAUGGAUUCUGUGAGUGCUGAGACAUCAAGGUCGGAGUCAUGUGAUGAUGCUACUUAUUAUGCUUCACUUGAUGAAUCGUCGGAUGACUCUAUUGAAACAUUUAGGAUAAGGAAAAAUAGUUCGAGAAGGAAGAACCACAGGCAAUGGACACUUACUGAGAUAACCAAAACUUAUCGAUGGUGUUUCAAAAUGCGGAGUUGGUAAAUGGACUGAUAUCAAGCGGCUUUUGUUCGCCAAUUCUACUUACCGCACAUCUGUUGAUCUGAAGGAUAAAUGGAGAAAUUUGUUGAGAGCUAGUGGUGUGCCCAUGAGAAGCAACAAGCGAGUUAAGCCGCAAAAGAACAUGACUGUGCCGAUACCGCAAUCUCUUUUACGACGGGUAAAAGAACUGGCUAACAUCCAUCCAUACCCGAGGGAGCGGAAAUUAGAUGCUUAUGAGGAUGAAACUUCAGUAAGCCAGAGUAGCAAAGCCUCAAACUAACUGCAACUCAAGCUCUGGGGCAAUUAAUAUUUUGUGUGGUAGCUGACCACUGACUGACUUGUGCUUUUCAACAUACCAACAACUAAACCUCUCUAAAUUUUUUUGUUACAGGUUUAGUUGAAAUCACAAAAAAAAAGGUCCUUUUAUGACAGCUGUCCAGGUUUCUACACAAGGAAAAAUUACA